AAUGAAUUUCACUAAAUAAUAAUAAUAAAAAAAAAUGAGCAUAGGAUAUUAGCAGAAAAAAGGGGACACAAAUGUACACGCUGAGAGAACUUUCUACAACCAAAGCAUAGCUGUUUUCUUGCUACACUAUCUUCGAGCUCUGUGCUUCUCAAACUUAGGUUUUGUGCAUAAUUUUUUGAAGUUGAAGCAUUGCUUGAAGUUGAUUUCUGGGUCUUCUUCAACUGACAUUAUUAUCAAUCUGUAUAGUGUUCAGGGUAGGUUGAAAGAAGGGGAGGGGGCAGCGAGAAUUCAACUGAGGUUCCUCUUGAGGAUAGUGGUCCUUAUAGCUGCACUCGCGUAUUUUCAACCCUUGGCCAUUUUAAUUUUUUCGAUAAGCCACGCAUUGUGAAGCUUCUAGUAUAUAAAGACAAAUGAAGCAUGAAAAAUGGCUGCAAGGAGUUUUGGUGCUAUUCAUUGGCAUUAUUCCUUCUAUAUUAGGUGCAUUCAUUGGAGUCGAUAUAGGGACAGAUUUGUCUAAAAUGCCACCCGCUUCAGACAUUGUUUCCAUUCUUAAAGAAAACGAGAUAACCCAUGUUCGGCUUUUUGAUGCCGAUGCACACAUGCUCAGUGCCCUUGCCAAUACAAGCAUAGAAGUAAUGGUUAGUGUCACAAACGAGGAAGUUCUUGGGAUUGGGCAAUCCCCAUCAACCGCAGCAGCAUGGGUAAAUAAAAAUGUGGCCGCUCAUGUUCCCAAUACUAAUAUCACUGCUAUUGCGGUUGGUAGUGAGGUUUUGACUACCAUUCCACAUGCCGCCCCUAUUCUCGUUCCUGCGAUGAAUAACCUUCAUAAAGCUCUCGUCGCUUCCAACUUAAACUUCAAGGUCAAAGUCUCCACUCCACAUUCCAUGGACAUAAUUUCUAGGCCAUUUCCGCCUUCAACCGCCAUCUUUAAUUCAUCGUGGAACUCGACUAUGUACCAGGUUCUUCAGUUCUUAAGGAAUACUAACUCGUAUUUCAUGCUGAAUGCGUAUCCGUAUUAUGGUUUCACCACAGGAGACGGCAUUUUCCCGCUUGAGUAUACGCUUUUCCAACCGCUGUCCUCUGUCAAGCAGAUAGUUGAUCCGAAUACUCUCUAUCAUUACGAUAGCAUGUUUGAUGCUAUGGUGGAUGCUGCUUAUUACUCAAUUGAUGCUUUCAAUUUUUCCGGGAUUUCAGUCGUCGUGACAGAAACUGGCUGGCCGUGGAGUGGGGGAGCCAAUGAACCUAGUGCCACUGUAAAAAAUGCUCAGACUUACAACAAUAAUUUGAUUCGAAGAGUUUUGAAUAACUCAGGUCCUCCGAGUCAGCCAAACAUGCCAAUAAACACAUACAUAUACGAGUUGUUUAAUGAGGAUGAGCGUCGUGGCCCUCUUUCCGAGAAGAGUUGGGGGUUGUUUUUCACCAAUGGCUCAACGGUUUAUCCUCUGAGUCUCGGCCCUUCUGGCCUAUUGCCAGGAAAUUCCACCGGUCUUUUCUGUAUCGCCAAGGCAGGUGCCGAUGAGGACAAACUGCGUAAGGGUUUGAAUUGGGCUUGCGGUGAUGGGCACGCUAACUGUUCAGCCAUUCAGGAAGGCCAACCAUGUUACUACCCGGAUACCGUAGAGAAUCAUGCCUCGUAUGCGUAUAAUGAUUAUUAUCAAAAGAUGCACAGUGUUGGUGGAACUUGUGACUUCGAUGGUACAGCGGUUACUACUACUGCCGAUCCUAGCUAUGGUUCAUGUGGUUUUACCGGGAGCGCUAAUUCCACCGCUGGACGAGGAUUCAGUCCUACAGCAUUUGGUCCUGUUAGCCCGCUGAUGGGGAGUAAGAGCAGAAUGUUGUGUCCUGGAGUUGGAGGAGUAUUACUGGGAAUGUUUUUGCAUUGGUUUUGGCUUUGAUUUAUGAAGUGUUGAUUCAAUUUUUUGUACUCAAAUACAAUACAAAUGAGAUAGAUUGCAUUGUUAGUGACAUAAUAGGAAUUAUUGAUCACAACUGUUUAUGUAUGUGUCUGUCCAGAUACUUUUUAUGUCAGUAUGCAAAUGCCAUUUUUUUCUUUAA